ACGCGCGAUGCCUGUGAGGCUUGGCUGGUGUCGCACGCGGGGGCCGCCGCGCCUGGCUCCUGGCAGGACAGGGAGCAGGCCGCGCGGCCCGCGCUGGCCGAGUUGGCGUGGGCGGCAGCGGGGGAGCUCCUCGGGCAGCAGGACCGCGGUUCCGCUCCCGCUGUCCCGAGGCUGGCGCCGCCGCUGCUGCAUUCGGAUGCCCUAUCGUUCGUUACUGUGCAAGGGCGGCCUUGGAUUUGCACUUGCGGUGCCACGGUCUUCUCGCCCCCAGCAGUGGUGGAGGACGUGGCGGACGUUGUGCAGCCCCAGGUCGCGGAGUCCCAGCAGCUCCCGUCCGAGGAGUCGCCGCGCGCGCCUCCAACUCUUUCUCCGCUCUCUCCGCCUUCGUCGCCUUCGUUGGUGGGUGGUGAGGAGGUCCUGGAGUUCGAGGUGGAAGAGGACAUCCUUGGCCCGUCGUCGGUGCGCGGCGAGGCGGACCUCCAGGGCGCGGACGAGGCCAGCGUCCCCCCGCUGCUCGCGGCGCACCCUGGAGGUCUGCCGACCACCGCGACCGAGGCGAGCUCCAGAGUUGAUCCUGCGUGGGCUCCGGAUCUCACCCCCUUCCUCCAGAUCGCGCGCUGCCCCCUCUCCCUCCUCGUCGUCGUUGUCGUCGUUGUCGUCCUCCUCCUCCUCCUUCUCCUUCUCCUGUCCACCCGAGUCUGGGGCUAG